CCUUACGGUCGCGGUUGGCUGGGCCCCGGCCCGAAGAACCUUGUUUCGGGGUCUGUGUCAGUUUCCCUUCUCGGUGGUGACCGGAGCCCAAGUGGGCUGGCCUCGUCUUCCCCGGGGGCCGUGGCCGAAGCACUCGGGCGGCCGCCGCAGAAUCAGAAGGGAGGACAGAGCCAAUCUGACUGCAGCUCCGGGAGGCGGAGGCAGCCAGUCUUCCCCGAGUCCCACGGCUGCUCGCGGAGGGGUUAGUGGAGCCGGACGCGCCCAGUCCCUUACGUUUCCAGGCAGCGGGACUGUGCAGACCAGUGUGACCCGGCUCCCUCCUGCGCGGACUCGGAACAGCCGUCCGAUCGCGGCUGUGUUGGCAAGGGGCGCGUGGGAGGCGGGGAACCGCGUGGCUCGGCGGGGCAAGCAGUCUCGCCGGCGGGAAGGGCGGGUGCCGGGGCCUCGGACCCUCCCUCUUUGGGUGCAGGAGGGUCUCCCCUGCUUGAGGGCGGGAGGGGCGGGGAGACCCUUCACGAUUCUUCUUCCUCCGGGCAGCCCUCGGGUCCUGCCACCACCCGCGGGACGCACAGAACUGACCGUGGGGAUGGCCACCAGGGUCCGGACAGCUGCCAUCUGGGUUUUUCUUGUGGUUGAUUUCUAGUUUCAUAGCGUUGUCAUCAGAAAACAUGCAUGGUUCCGCCUCUCCAGGAACAAGAGAGUUCGUGCAACAGAAUCAGAGAGUUCCGAGAUCAGGAAUCCAUCCUUGGCCCUGGUGCACCUCGGCAAAGACCUAGGAAUCACCGGACAGAGCAGGUUCUAGAGUGGCUGUUUAUUUCCCACGAGCAGCCAAAACCCACCCAGUCUCGGGGACCAUUGUCAUUUGUGGAUGUGUCUGUGGACUUUACCUGGGAAGAGUGGCGGCUGCUGGACCCAGCUCAGAAGCACCUGUACAGGAGUGUGAUGUUGGAGAACUACAGCCACCUGGUGUCCCUGGGUUAUCAAGACACCAAACCGGAUAUCAUCUUCAAAUUGGAGCAAGGAGAAGAACUGUGGAUGUUGCAGGCCCAAAUGCCAAGUCAAGGCCAUCCAGAAAAAGUCCUGGAAAUUGAUGAUCAUAUGGACUGGCAUCAGGAAAAUCAAGGCAAGCUGGAAAGUUUGGCAAAAAACUAUGAAUGUACUGCAUUUGGAAAACUAUGUCUUCUUAGUACAAAUUAUGAUUCUUCAGGACAAAAGCUUCAUAAAUACAUCACUCAUGGAAUGAGUUUUAAAUAUAAUAUAGACUUCAAUAGUGGUUUUGCUGGAAAGAAUCCUAAUGAGUUUCAUGCAUACAGGGAACCAUUCCAUCAUUCUAAACACGAGCAAACUGUUACUGGAAUAAAAUACUGUGAAAGUAAUGAAUCUGGUAAAACUGUCAACAAGAAGUCACCUCUCAUAUGCCAACAGGUGUAUAUGGGUGGAAAACCCUUUGAAUGUGCUUUUUGUGGGAAGGCCUUCAGCAGCAAGUCAUACCUUGCAGUGCAUCAGCGAACUCACGCAGAAGAGAAACCCUACAAAUGUAAGGGAUGUGGGAAGGACUUUAGCAGCAAAUCCUACCUCACUGUCCAUCAGAGAACUCACACAGGAGAGAAACUCCAUGAAUGCAGUGAAUGUGGGAAAGCCUUCAGUUUCAAUUCACAACUCGUUAUACAUCAAAGAAUUCACACAGGUGAGAAUCCCUAUGAAUGCUGUGAAUGUGGGAAAGUAUUCAGUAGAAAAGACCAGCUCGUUUCACACCAGAGAACUCAUUCAGGGCAGAAACCCUAUGGUUGUAAUGAAUGUGGUAAGGCUUUUGGUUUGAAGUCACAGCUCAUUAUACAUCAAAGAACUCAUACAGGCGAGAAACCCUUUGAAUGCAGUGAAUGUCAGAAAGCCUUUAAUACAAAGUCAAACCUUAUGGUGCAUCAGAGAACCCAUACAGGGGAGAAGCCGUAUGGUUGUACUGAGUGUGGAAAAGCCUUUACUUUCAAGUCGCAGCUCAUUGUACAUCAGGGGGUUCACACAGGGGUAAAGCCCUAUGGGUGCGUUCAGUGUGGGAAAGCCUUCAGUUUGAAGUCCCAGCUCAUUGUGCAUCAGAGAAGUCACACAGGAACGAAACCUUUUGUAUGCAGCGAAUGUGGCAAAGCCUUCAGGAGCAAGUCCUACCUCAUUAUACACAUGAGGACUCACACAGGAGAGAAACUCCACGAAUGCGGUGACUGUGGGAAAGCCUUCAGUUUCAAUUCACAACUCGUUAUACAUCAGCGGAUUCACACAGGAGAGAGUCCAUAUGAAUGCCAUGAGUGUGGGAAAGCCUUCAGCCGGAAAUACCAGCUCAUUUCACACCAGAGAACCCAUGCUGGGGAGAAGCCCUAUGAAUGCAGUGACUGUGGGAAAACUUUUGGCUUAAAGUCACAGCUCAUUAUACAUCAGAGAACUCAUACAGGCGAGAAACCCUUUGAAUGCAGCGAAUGUAGCAAAGCCUUUAACACCAAGUCGAACCUUAUGGUGCAUCAGAGGACCCAUACGGGGGAGAAACCCUACAGUUGUAGUGAGUGUGGAAAAGCCUUUACUUUCAAGUCGCAGCUCAUUGUACACCAGGGGGUUCACACUGGGGUAAAGCCCUAUGGAUGUAAUCAGUGUGGGAAAGCCUUCAGUUUGAAGUCCCAGCUCAUUGUGCAUCAGAGAAGUCACACAGGAGUGAAGCCCUACGGAUGCAGCGAAUGUGGCAAAGCCUUCAGGAGCAAGUCCUACCUCAUUAUACACAUGAGGACUCACACAGGAGAGAAGCCACAUGAAUGCGGUGACUGUGGGAAAGCCUUCAGUUUCAAUUCACAGCUCAUUGUACACCAGAGAAUUCACACAGGAGAAAAUCCCUAUGAAUGCAGUGAAUGUGGAAAAGCUUUUAAUAGGAAAGAUCAGCUCAUUUCUCAUCAGAGAACUCAUGCAGGGGAAAAACCUUAUGGGUGCAGUGACUGUGGGAAAGCCUUUAGUAGCAAGUCCUACCUCAUUAUACACAUGAGAACUCAUUCAGGAGAGAAACCACAUGAAUGUAGCCAAUGUGGGAAGGCCUUCAUUUGGAAGUCACUACUCAUUGUACAUGAGCGAACUCACGCAGGGGAAAGCCCUUAUAAAUGCAGUCAGUGUGAGAAAUCCUUCAGUGGAAAAUUACGGCUCAUGGUACAUCAGAGAAUGCACACAAGAGAGAAACCCUAUGAGUGCAGUGAAUGUGAGAAAGCCUUCAUUAGGAAAUCUCAGCUCAUUGUACAUCAGAGAACUCAUUCAGGGGAGAAACCCUAUGGAUGCAGUGAAUGUGGAAAAACCUUCUCUCAGAAGUCAAUUCUCAGUGCACACCGGAGGACUCAUACAGGAGAGAAACCCUGUAAAUGCACUGAAUGUGGGAAAGCCUUUUGUUGGAAGUCGCAGCUCAUUAUGCAUCAGAGAACUCAUGCAGAUGAAAAACACAUUGAUGAAUUAAAUGUAAGAAACUUUCUUCCAAAAGUCAACUCAUAGGAAACUCCAGCAAAUUCAUACAGAAGAGAAACUCUGUAACUGAAAUAAUCUCAUUGUACACCAGAAAACUAAUACUGAAUAGAAACCUUAUGAACGCACAGCAUGUGGCAGGGCACCCACAGAAAGCUGCUUUUUGCAUAUAAAAUAAAAACAGUAAAUGCACACGGAAUGUCAUGAAUUCAGUGAGCCCGGUAGGUCAUCCUUUGUUAAAGUUUGUACAGGUGAGGAGCCAUAUCAAUGAAGUGAAUUUUGGAAAGUUAUUUUUUUACUGUGAUAAAAUUUGCAAAGAGGAAGUUUCAUAAAGCAAGUGAAUAUGGAGCACACUCCUUUGAAAUUAAUUUUAAACCAUAGGAUUUUACUGAGAGAAUGUGUAAAGGCAAUGAAUGGCAGAAUUAUCAAAAUUGCACACUCUUUAGGUAUCAGAAAAUCAUACCUUGGAGAAAUCAUGCUAUAAAUUAGGGAAAUUCUUCAUCUAGGAAAGACAAACUUCUAUUUAAAAAAAUAUAUUAUGAAUGAAGAUCUAUGAAUGUGUCAAAAGGGGUAAAGCCUCAGUAGAAAGGUUCCCUUCACUGUUAUUUUAAUUUGGAAGAUAAUUUAAGAAUUAUUGUAAGGGAAAUUAUGUUCCAGAUGUUCCAGAUUGUUAGGAAAAUAUUGGAGAAAAUAUUCAACUAUAAAUGAUAGGCAUGUUCAUAAUGGAAUAUAAAGUGUUUUUUUUUUUUAUUUUUUUUUUUACAAUGUAAAUAAAUAUAAUCAGGAUAACCAGAAAUACAUCAUAA